AUGAAACUGUUGAACCGACGGCUUUUCGCCGCUUUUUGUGCCCUUGCAGCACCUCUCGAGGGUGUUGUUGCUAGGGUGGUGACGCGGGCAGCAAACGACGAGAUCGAGUGUCGCAAGACAACAGUUGCGAUACUCGGGGCGGGAGUUGCCGGUAUCACGGCCGCUCAAGCGCUAUCGAAUGCGUCGAUUUCGGAUUUCUUAAUUGUUGAUCGCAACAACUAUAUUGGCGGUCGCGUGGCUCAUACCAAUUUCGGAUCAAAACCCGACGGAACUCCCUACGUGAUCGAGCUGGGCGCGAACUGGGUGCAGGGGCUAGGCUCCGAAGGCGGGCCGGAGAACCCCAUCUGGACGCUGGCGAAGAAGUACGGGCUGGACAACACGUACUCGAACUACAGCUCCAUCCUGACGUACGACAGGGCCGGCGUCGCCGACUUCCGCGACCUGUUCGAGACCUUCGAAAACGCCUACGCGACGGUCGAGCGGGACGCCGGACGCAUCCUCACGGAGAACCUCGAGGACACGAGCGUGCGCGCGGGCUUCGGCGUCGCGGGCUGGAAGCCGAGGAAGGACAUGCGCGCGCAGGCCCUCGAGUGGUGGGAGUGGGAUUGGGAAACCGCCUGGCCGCCCGAGCAGAGCGGGCUGCUUUUCGGCGUCACGGGGUAUAAUUUGACUUUUUACCAGUUCAGCGACGAGAACAACUUCGUGUGGGAUCAGAGAGGCUUUAACACUUUCGUCGUCGGGGAAGCGCGCGAGUUCCUUGAGGAGGAGGAUCCGCGGCUUCUGCUUGAGACUACGGUAAAGACGAUCUCGUACGGCCCUGAAGGCGUGGUUGUGCAGCUGCAAGAUGGCGGGUGCAUCGAAGCUCAGCAUGCCGUCGCAACCUUUUCGCUAGGUGUGUUGCAAAACGAAGUAGUGGAAUUCGACCCGCCGUUGCCGCGCUGGAAGCGCGAAGCCAUCGAGCAAUUCCAGAUGGGAACGUACACCAAGAUCUUCUUGCAAUUCAACGAGACCUUCUGGGAUCGGAACACGCAAUUCUUCCUGUACGCCGACGACAAGUCCCGGGGCUACUACCCCGUCUGGCAGUCGCUUUCCGCCCCGGGCUUCAUGGAAGAGUCCAACAUCAUCUUCGUGACGGUGGUCGACGGCCAGUCGUACAGGGUCGAGCAGCAGUCCGACGAGGAGACGAAGGCCGAGGUCAUGGAGGUGCUUAGGAAGAUGUUUCCGGACAAGGAGAUCCCUGACCCUAUCGACUUUCACUAUCCGCGAUGGAGCACAGAAGAAUGGGCCUACGGUUCUUAUAGCAAUUGGCCGGUAGGCAUGACGUUAGAGAAGCACCAAAACCUUCGAGCCAACGUCGACCGGCUUUGGUUCGCCGGCGAGGCCACCUCGGCGCAGUACUAUGGGUUCUUACACGGGGCUUGGUUUGAAGGUCGGGAUGUGGGAAUGCGUAUAGCUGGUCUGCUUGGCCAGGGUGGGAAUCACGAAUGCGACGGGAACUCUACAGUAGGCUGUGGAGAGAUGGCGAAUUAUAAGGUGCUCCAUGGAUCGACUUUUUUCGAUGAAUUUAACGCACAGAAUGGGUGGUUAGCAAGUAGCUUCCUAACGUACGGUUACGAAGAGUAG